AUGUUCCAGUCCAGAAUACCCCUCAUCCGCAAUACCCUUGAGACAAUCCAGACCGAGCUACAGCCCGGUAAAGACUCUUUGCCCCCAGAUGUCUGUGAGGCCUUGAAGAAUAUCUUUGAUGCUUGUGAUGGGAACGCACGGGAGUUGAGAGGAAUAUUUGAAGAAGUCAUUCCUGCAGAGAACAGUACGCGGAAGAAAAAAUACCCCAUGAAAAAGGUCAUUCAAAGAUUGGGAAAGGGAAGCAAAGUCGAAGAGCUGAUGACUGCGCUCAUUCAAAAUAUUCAAAUCCUUGUCAACUACAGGAUGGUGAAGUCUGCUACUCCGGAGCAAGACACUGACCUUCAAGAAGAUAUCCUCAACGAAUUGAGAUCCAUCAAAAGCUCGACGGCUGAGGAAGAGAGCCCGACCUCGAUUUUCCAUAGCGGUGGAGGUACACAGACUAACAAUGUUAAUAGCGGCAGUGGCCAGCAAAUCAACAAUCAUGGUCAUGUCGGAAUUCAGCAUUUCCUUAAUGGUGAGGUGAAGUCAUGA